AUGCACGCAUCCGAGAAGGUUCCCAUCAAUGUUUGGUCCAACAACGGCAGCCCAGGAUUACGGUACUGCUUAAAUUUCUUCAAUAGCACUAGUUACUGCGAGGAUGCCGUAGAUGCACCGAACCCGCUGAGCUUCACCGUUCCAUAUUCAGUUGAUCCGUUUACAAUCCGGAUAGAACUCACUAAUAUCAAUAGUCAGGAUGUGAUCUUAAUUGACAACCUUUAUUAUGAAGGACGCAUCUGUGAAGAGGUCGACGACGACGAAUCUGCAAGCACAGCGGAAGAGAAUAGUUCUUCAGUGGCGGUGAGUAAAGUGAACCACUUGAUGGAAGAUUUAGAAUGCAGUGUUCGUAAAUCGCCAGUCUACGAGGUCAAAGCUGAAAAACAAAAUCACUUGGUAAACGGUCAUGUAGCACGAGAUGCAUUUGCUGGAGGCGCCGAGCUAGAGCCCAUUGGAGGAGCGAUGACCUUCGACAUUGGAUCAAACAGCGAACCUGAACAACCACCACCAAUUGCGGUUCAAGAAACUGUUGGACAAAUAGAUCAGGACGGAAAGCUGAAUAGUACAGAAGAAAGGGCAGCGGACCUUCUAGCCUGUGAAGAGCUUGCCUGUGACUUCAAUCACAACCACUCAUGCUUCUAUAAGCUGAAUGGAUUUGGCAGCACUUUGGUCUCGAAGCAACUCCUUUUCAUGAAAAUGGCUCCUCUUGAUCUUUCUCAUUAUGCCAGAUGUUUAGACGUAAACGUGGGUUACGUGUACGUUGGAAAAAACCACGUGGACACGUCAAACGAGAUUUUCGUCAUGGAGUCGCCUAAAUUCCGGAUUUCUUCCGAUGCCCGUCUUACUUUCGAUGUAUAUCUCAGAUCGCAUUCGCCUCAGCUCAAGGUCAGUGCCUGA